CUCAGCCCCAGGCCCCUCACCUGGCAUCUCAGGGUGCUCUGGUGGAUUUCUGCAGCUGGUGUCAGACUGGGCAGUGCCUGGAACAGCCUCCACGAGGCCCUGCUCCUCACACCUGCGGAGGAAAGAGGGCCCGAUUCAGAACAUUUCCUGCACGUCAAAAGGCUCCUGCUUCGCAGAAAACUGGCUUCUUUUUGUGGAGGGUCAAUUUCUUCAUCUGGAAAAUGAAAGAAAACCCAGUCUUUCCCUUCCUAGAGGGGGCUGUCCUCCGCAGACAUCAGGGGAAGCCGGGCUGGGAAUCCUGGUUGACAGCACCUCUCACUUGAAGAGGCCGCAAGAGAACUCCUGCCCUGAGAGGAAGCCACAGGACCCAGCUGCACCCUGAGUUUGGUGUAUCCCACUUCCCUCUCAUUUGCCUGGUACACUCCUCCGUGUUCCCCAAGAUGCAGCAGAGACGUCACCUUCUCCAGGAAGUCUUCCUGAGUCUCCGCUGGGGCUGGUGCAGACUGGGGCCAUGACCACCCGCUUCCUCCCUGACACCCAGUGCUGCCCACAUCCCUCCCUGUCCCCUCAGUGCCUGCUGUCCCUAAUGUGCCCUGGGCUUCAGGUGUGUGCCCAGGUGCCCUGCCUGGCCCCUCUCGGUGCUGCCUCUCGGUGACCACAUUCCUGCAACCCCGUGACCACAACAGGGGACAUUACACAUUCCUGGCCUGGCAGCCAAUGGUGUAAAAAAGAACAGAAUGUCCCAGGGCCCCGCCCAACCUUCAGCUUCACCUGGGCCCCUCCCUGGCCUGGACAAGGCUCAUGAAAGGAGAGCGGCGGGAGGAGCAGGGGCUGGGCCCCGAACCCGCGGCGCCCCCGCAGCCCACGGAGGAGGAGGAGGCCCUGAUCGAGUUCUACCGCUCCUACCGAGACCUCUUCCAGUUCUUCUGCACCACCACCACCAUCCAUGGCGCCAUCCGCCUGGUAUGCUCCCAGCACAACCGCAUGAAGACGGCCUUCUGGGCCGUGCUGUGGCUCUGCGCCUUCGGCAUGAUGUACUGGCAGUUCGGCCAGCUCUUCGGGGAGUACUUCAGCUACCCCGUCAGCCUCAACAUCAACCUCAACUCCGACAAGCUCGUCUUCCCCGCCGUCACCAUCUGCAACCUCAAUCCCUACAGGUACACGCAAAUUAAAGAGGAGCUGGAGGAGCUGGACCGCAUCACAGAGCAGACGCUCUACGAUCUGUACAAAUACAACUCCUCCAACACCCUGGCGGCCCACCCCCGCGGUCGCCGCGACCUCUGGGAGACCUGGCCGCACCCCCUGCAGCGCCUGGCGGUCCCGGCCCCGCCCUCCCGGGCCCGCGCAGCCCGCAGCACCGCCUCCAUUGUGCGGGACAACAACCCCCAAGUGAACUGGAAGGACUGGAAGAUCGGCUUCCAGCUGUGCAACCAGAACAAAUCGGACUGCUUUUACCAGACUUACUCGUCAGGGGUGGAUGCAGUGAGGGAGUGGUACCGCUUCCACUACAUCAACAUUGUCUCGUGCCUGGGGGACACUUCUCCGUCCCCGGGGGAGGACAUGCUGGACAACUUCAUCUUCGCCUGCCGCUUCAACCAGGCCCCCUGCAAUCAGGCGAAUUACUCUCACUUUCACCACCCGAUGUAUGGGAACUGCUACACUUUCAAUGGCAAGAACAACUCUAACCUCUGGAUGUCUUCCAUGCCCGGGAUCAAAAAUGGCCUGUCCCUGACGCUGCGCACAGAGCAGAAUGACUUCAUCCCGCUGCUGUCCACGGUGACUGGGGCCAGGGUAAUGGUGCACGGGCAGGAUGAGCCUGCCUUCAUGGAUGAUGGCGGCUUUAACUUGCGGCCUGGCGUGGAGACCUCCAUCAGCAUGAGGAAGGAAGCCCUGGACAGACUUGGGGGCAACUAUGGUGACUGUACCAAGAAUGGCAGCGAUGUCCCUGUGGAGAACCUUUAUCUUUCCAAGUACACACAGCAGGUGUGUAUCCGCUCCUGCUUCCAGGAGAACAUGAUCAAGGAGUGUGGCUGUGCCUACAUCUUCUAUCCACUGCCCAAGAAUGCGGAGUUCUGUGACUACAGGAAGCAUAAUUCCUGGGGUUACUGUUACUAUAAGCUUCAGGAUGCCUUUUCCUCGGACCGCCUGGGCUGUUUCACCAAGUGCCGGAAGCCAUGCAGUGUGACCAGCUACGAGCUCUCUGCCGUUUAUUCACGAUGGCCCUCAGUGACAUCCCAGGACUGGAUCUUCCAGAUGCUAUCCCGACAGAACAAUUAUACCAUCAACAACAAAAGAAAUGGGGUUGCCAAACUCAACAUCUUCUUCAAGGAGCUGAAAUACAAAACCAAUUCUGAGUCUCCCUCUGUCACGAUGGUCACCCUCCUGUCCAACCUGGGCAGCCAAUGGAGCCUGUGGUUCGGCUCCUCGGUGCUGUCUGUGGUGGAGAUGGCCGAGCUCAUCUUUGACCUCCUGGUCAUCACAUUCCUCAUGCUGCUGCGGAGGUUCCGAAGCCGAUACUGGUCUCCGGGCCGAGGGGGCAGGGGUGCCCAGGAGGUGGCCUCCACUCCGGCUUCCUCCCUCCCCUCCCAUUACUGCCCCCGCCCCACAUCCCCCUCCCCACCCCCACCAGGCCCUGCCACUUCCCCAGCCUUGACAGCCCCUCCACCUGCCUAUGCCACUCUGGGCCCCUGCCCUUCUCCGUCCAGCUUGGUGCGGACUGACUACUCUGCCUAUACUCUGGAGGAGCCCUGAGAGGGAAAGAACAUGUCCCCCCUCCACCCAAGGCAGGCGCUUCCCCUGGUGGGAGGGGACCAGGCUUGGCAGGAUGAGAGAAAGUUUGGGGACUUCCUCUCAGAACUGCCCAACUGCCUUUGGUGUGGGGGAGGGAAGCAGGAUGGACAAGGGGCUACAGAAAUGGCCCAGUGAACAGGGGCCAAGGAACCUGCCUGGCAUUGCCCUGUCUUCCGCCCUGUCCCCUCUGGUCCUGCCUCUAGAAGAUGCUGAUUUCCCAACCCGAGCGCAAACAAGUCCACUUUUCCCUUGGAUCAGCCAGGCCAAACUUGGAGCUUCGACAAGGAACCUUCCUAGGAAACCACUGGUGACCGGAAACAAAAACAAGGGCACACAAAGGCAUGCACACUUCCUACCCAGAGAUGACUGAAGCCAACCCCGGGCCUGGCCACGCUGCUUUCCAGUGACACGUUUGCUCCUCUUCUUGAACUUGAGUGGGGAACCCCACCCAAAAGCCCCCUUUGUUAGUUCUUGGGCAAUUCUCCUUCCCAGGGCAGGGGCUGGAGCAGACCGAUGUAGUAAAGGCUUGGCCAUGCCUAGUUGGCCCCAGGACUCUUCCAGCCUCAUCUACCCUGCGCCCCAACAGAGCCAUACCCCAAUGCCUCUGCGUCCUUCAUACCUUCGCAUAUUGGCCCGAGUUCUUUCCUCAGCCUGGAAGCCUGGAGAAUUCCUGUGCAUCCCUUAGAACCCUAUUCUGGCACCACUACUGGGAAGAGUUCUGCUCCUUCUUGUCUUCCCCAGAAUUGAUCACUUCCCUCUCCCCUGGACUCCCAUAGCACGGCAUAACAUCUGUUGGAGAGUUGAUGUUGGCUUAUGCUUUCUUGUUCCUUUGUGUCUGCCU